AAAAAUUCUAAUAUAUAAAUAACAUUCUUUGUGAAUUAGGGUUUCUGGCAACCCUCCUCUUUCUCUCGUUGCGAAGAAGAAGUGUACAGCAGCACCAGAGCAACGUCAAUGGCGCCCAAAACCCCGCGAGUUACCAGAAACCCGGAUCUCAUCCGAGGAGUCGGCAAGUACUCGAGGUCUAAGAUGUAUCACAAGCGUGGUCUUUGGGCCAUCAAGGCUAAAAAUGGCGGCGUGUUCCCUCGUCACGACGCACAGCCGAAAGCUGCUGCCCCAGCCGAGAAACCGCCAAAGUUUUACCCUGCCGAUGAUGUGAAGAAGCCCCUUGUUAACAAGCGCAAGGCCAAGCUCACGAAGCUUAGAGCUAGCAUUACUCCUGGUACUGUGUUGAUUAUUCUUGCUGGGAGGUUCAAGGGGAAGAGAGUUGUGUUUUUGAAACAGCUGCCAUCUGGGUUGCUUCUGGUUACUGGGCCUUUUAAGAUUAAUGGUGUUCCUCUGAGACGGGUGAAUCAAUCGUACGUGAUUGCAACCUCCACCAAAGUUGACAUCUCUGGAGUGAACUCCGAAAAGUUUGACGACAAGUACUUUUCCAAGGAAGCCCAGAAGAAGAAGAAAAAGGGUGAAGGGGAAUUUUUCGAGGCAGAGAAAGAGGAGAAAAGUGCUCUCCCAGCUGAGAAGAAGGAUGACCAGAAAGCUGUGGAUACACCAUUGAUAAAGUCUAUUGAGGCGGUUCCGGAGUUGAAGGCAUACUUGGGAGCAAGAUUUUCUCUUAAGGCUGGAAUGAAACCUCAUGAGCUUGUCUUUUAGAUAAGGGAUUUGUUUUUUUUCUUCUUCUUAUUAUCGUUUCUUUUUUACAAAAGUUAUCACUUUGUUUUUAUGUUCAUCUGAACUUGGUAUGACUUGUAGUAAUUGCCUAGCCCCAAAUUUUGAUUUUAAAUAGAGAUUCCAUGGCUCAUAAUUUCUGUUUUCGGGUUCCAAAAUUUCA